UUGGGACGCGCCCACAAACAUUGCUAACACUGGGACGUGGAUAGCAAACGUUAGCUGGUAUUUUUCGGCCUGUGAACCUCACCAAAAUGGGAAUAGCCGACGAAGCGGACCGGACUCUGUUUGUCGGCAACUUGGACCCUCAAGUAACAGAAGAGCUUUUGUUCGAGCUGUUUUUACAGGCUGGGCCUUUGAUCAAAGUCAAAAUCCCAAAGGACAAUGAUGGAAGGUCAAAACAGUUUGCCUUUGUGAACUUCAAACAUGAAGUCUCCGUCCCGUACAGCAUGAGCCUGCUCAAUGGCAUCCGACUUUUUGGAAGGCAGCUCAACUUACAGUACAGAGCAGGUAGCAGUCAUAUUAAUCAAGAGGGCAAGAGCCCUGCAAACUCACAGAACCCCAGUCCAGCAAACACACCCAAUCAUCGUGGUGGCAGAUCUGAUAAGACCCCAGAACAGAUGGGCUCUCCAUCAUACUCCCCUCCUCAGCAGUUCCAGAGGUCUUUCUCAUCACCCGACAGUCUGCAGAGGCAAGCCCUGAUGAACAACAUGUGGCAGAUCCAAAUGCAGCAGUUGCAGCAGCUGAAUGGAGCUUUCCAGCUUGGCAUGCAGCAAUAUGGGGGUGGGAGCAGUAGCCCCUGGCAGCAGGAGAGCCCAGCUCACCGGAGCCACCGCCACUCCCAGGAGCAAGACGGCGGUGGGCAUCACGGCCGGGAUCACCGUAACAGCGGCUACGACCGCCAUCGGCGCGACAGCCAGCGAGGAGAGUCCUACCAGCAUGACGAUCGCAGCGGAGGCCGAAGCAGAGAUUACCCCCCCGAAAGACGCAGAGACUCUAGAGACGGGUCCAGGGACGGACGCUGGAAACGAUACUGAAGACUUUUCUUUUUAUAAAAAAACAAACUGUUAAAGAAACUAUUUUAUGUUGUUUUCUAAAAGAGAACUUUUUAAACUGGUGAUUUUUGGAGUGUCACUUGCUCCUUCGAAGGUUGUGUAAAGCAAUUGUGUCAAAUUUCAGAACAUCUAAGAAUUUUAACCAUAAGGAACAAAAAGAUGCAUUUAAAAUAUGAGGUAAAAAAUAAUCAUAAACAAUAACACACAGUAGGGCAUUUUACCAACAUUUGUUUUUUAUGAGCUACAUUUUGAAGACUUAUUUGAAUCUCAGGGGUCAACGCCCAAUAUGUCCGAUGUCUAUAGGUAUUUUUUUGUUUUUUUCAACAGAUAAUAUUUAUAUGAUAUGUGGCUUGUGUGGUCUUCUUGUUGACGAUCCAGACAUCAUAAUUAUGUUUUGAGGGGCCAGAUGUAUCUAAGGAUUUACCACACGCUAAUUCAGUACCACACGAAGUUAUCAUGGCACUGAAUGACAAAUUUCUAAACUGGUCACUGUCUUUAAUGAUCUUUUUGAGUGGUGAAUAUUUUAGUAAUUUGGGGCCUUUAUAUACUUUAUAUACCAGCAGGGGUGGUUUUUUUACAGUGGCUGUAUGAAAUAAUCCUGGGAAAUGAAACAUUUUGUUAAAUUGGAUGUCAAAGAAAAAGAUCCAUUUCUUUCUGUGAUUUCUCAGGAAUUUUGUUAGAAUGGAAAGAGAUUUUCUUUCAUGCUUUGUACUUUUCAGUAACGAAGUUUCUGUUAGAGGUCUUUAAACAUUGUGCUUUCUCUGUUCAGAGAAAUGCUGCAAAAACAGCUCUCAACUGUAAAUACAGCUUUUUUUUAUAUAAAAGAUUGUAAACCUGGUGUUCUCUCA